AUGGAACAUGUACGUUUGCCAUUAUUAGCAUCAAGGCCUGAUGUAUUAAUUAAUGUAGUCGAAGAACCUCUUCUAAAGAAUAGUCCUAAAUGUAAAGAUUAUAUGUAUGAAGCAAUACAAUUUAAUCUAUUUAAGUCAGUUCAGCAUUUCACCAUUCCCCUAACAAUUAGGUGUAAACCCAGGCAGUUUGGUGAUUCACCAAAAGUUAUUCUAAUGUUCAAUCGGUCUGAAACAUCGCCAAAGUGUUAUACAGAAUGGUAUGAUCCAGCAACCAAGCUAAGAAAGAUUGCAACCAGGGUUAAUGAAUGUCGGAAGUUUGCCGGUCUGGUGUAA